CGAGGUUCUUCCUUUCUCAGCCAGCACCGUAGCAGCGGGUGAGUGCGUGGCGUGGAUGGACUGGUGAAAUCUGUCAAAAUUCACUCAAGUCAGUCAAUUUGAGUUUCACUAGCGCGCCACCAACAUGCCGGCGUAUUUCCAACGGCCCGAGAAUGCUCUGAAACGAGCGAACGAGUUUCUUGAGGUCGGCAAGAAGCAGCCAGCUUUGGAUGUUUUGUACGAUGUCAUCAAGAGUAAAAAACAUCGAACAUGGCAGAAGAUCCACGAGCCCAUCAUGCUCAAGUACCUGGAGCUCUGCGUGGAUCUUCGCAAGAGCCACCUGGCCAAGGAGGGUCUCUACCAGUACAAGAACAUCUGCCAGCAGGUGAAUAUCAAAUCUCUGGAGGAUGUGGUUAGAGCUUACCUUAAGCUGGCGGAGGAGAAGACUGAGACGGCCAAGGAGGAGUCCCAGCAGAUGGUCCUGGACAUUGAGGAUCUGGACAACAUUCAGACUCCUGAAAGUGUUCUCCUGAGUGCUGUGAGUGGAGAGGACACUCAGGAUCGUACCGACCGUCUGCUGCUCACUCCCUGGGUGAAGUUCCUGUGGGAGUCCUACCGUCAGUGCCUGGACCUGCUGAGGAACAACUCCAAGGUGGAGCGCCUGUACCAUGACAUUGCCCAGCAAGCAUUCAAGUUCUGCCUUCAGUACACCCGUAAGGCAGAAUUUCGCAAGUUGUGUGACAACCUGCGUAUGCAUCUGGGUCAGAUCCAGCGCCACCACAACCAGAGCACAGCCAUCAACCUGAACAACCCUGAGAGUCAGUCCAUGCACCUGGAGACGCGUCUGGUGCAGCUGGACAGCGCCAUUAGCAUGGAGCUGUGGCAGGAAGCAUUCAAGGCUGUUGAAGACAUCCAUGGCCUGUUUGCUCUUUCCAAGAAGCCCCCAAAGCCUCAGCUGAUGGCCAACUACUACAACAAGGUGUCUACCGUGUUCUGGAAAUCUGGAAAUGCUCUCUUCCACGCCUGCACCCUCCACCGGCUCUAUCACCUCUCAAGGGAGAUGCGUAAGAACCUGACCCAGGAUGAGAUGCAGAGGAUGUCUACCAGAGUCCUCCUGGCCACACUGUCUAUCCCCAUCACCCCCGAGCGCACCGACAUCGCUCGGCUGUUGGACAUGGACGGCAUCAUUGUAGAAAAGCACCGGCGGCUGGCCACCCUCCUGGGCCUGCAGUCACCACCAACCCGGCAGAGUCUCAUCAAUGACAUGGUGAGAUUCAACUUGCUGCAGUAUGUUGUGCCUGAUAUCAAAGAACUUUACAACUGGCUUGAAGUCGACUUUCAUCCCCUGAAGCUGAGCGGAAGAGUGACCAAGGUGCUGAACUGGGUGAGAGACCAGGCUGAGAAGGAGGCUGAUCUGCAGCAGUAUGUCCCUCACCUGCAGAGUAAUACCAUCCUGAGGCUCCUGCAGCAGGUCGCACAGAUCUACCAAAGCAUCGAGUUCACCCGUCUGGCCUCCCUGGUUCCGUUUGUGGACGCCUUCCAGCUGGAGCGCUCCAUCGUGGACGCUGCCCGCCACUGUGAUCUGCAGGUCCGUAUAGACCACACCUCUCGAACUCUGAGCUUUGGCUCUGACCUCAACUACUCGACCAAAGAGGACGCCCCUGUUGGUCCUUUCCUGCAGAACAUGCCCUCAGAGCAGAUCAGGAACCAGCUCACCGCCAUGUCUGCUUCUUUGGCCAAGGCCAUCCAGGUCAUCAAGCCUGCCUCCAUCCUGCAAGAGCGUGAUGAACAGAACCAGCUGGCCAUCGCCGCCUAUCUGAAAAACGCCCGCAAGGAUCAUCAGCGCAUCCUGGCUCGCAGACAGACCAUCGAAGAGCGUAAGGAGCGCCUGGAGAGCCUCAACAUUCAGCGCGAGAAGGAGGAGCUGGAGCAGCGCGAAGCCGAGAUGCAGAAGGUUCGCAAGGCCGAGGAGGAGCGUCUGCGCCAGGAGGCCAAGGAGAGGGAGAAGGAGCGCAUCAUGCAGGAGCACGAGCAGAUCAAGAAGAAGACAGUCCGUGAACGGCUGGAGCAGAUCAAGAAGACUGAGCUUGGAGCCAAAGCCUUUAAGGAUAUUGAUAUUGAGGACCUUGAGGAGCUGGAUCCCGACUUCAUCAUGGCCAAACAGGUGGAGCAACUGGAGAAGGAGAAGAAGGAACUCCAAGAGCGCCUGAAGAACCAGGAGAAGAAGAUUGACUACUUUGAGAGGGCAAAACGUCUCGAGGAGAUUCCUCUCAUCAAAAAGGCUUAUGAGGAGCAGCGUGUCAAGGACAUGGAACUAUGGGAGCUCCAGGAGGAGGACAGGAUCAGUAACAUGAAGGUUGAGCGGGAGAAGGCUCUGGAGCACAAGAAGCGCAUGUCCAGGAUGUUGGAGGACAAAGAAAACUUCUUGUCCAAAAUAACUGCUGCCCGUAGCUUCAUCUAUGAGGAAAAACUGAAGGCUUUCCAGGAGCGCUUGGUGGAGGAGAGGAAGAAGCGCAUGGAGGAAAGGAAAAAGCAGCGCAAAGAGGACAGGCGUAACACUUUCUAUCGUCAGAAAGAGGAAGAGGCUCAGCGUAUCCACGAGGAGCAGCUCAAGAAAGAGCGUGAGGAGCGUGAGCGCAUUGAACAAGAGCAGCGUGAGGAGGAGGAGAGGGAGUACCAGGAGCGUCUGCGCAAACUGGAGGAGCAGGAACGGAAACAGCGCGCUCGCCAACAGGAGAUCGAAGAGCGAGAGCGCCGCCGUGAGGAGGAGAAAAGGACCGUACCAGAGGAGAAAGCCAAGGAUUGGGGCGAAAGGGAGCCUGAAAAGGAGGAAGGGGGAGGAGGAGGAGGAGGAGGAGGAUGGAGGAAGCGCACCGAGGGAGGUGACUCAGAGUGGCGUCGUGCUGUGCCUGACAGGGAUUCUAGACAGGAGGGCCGUGAAGAAGACCGAGAGGAGGGCUCCUUCAGGCGAGACGGUCCUCGCAGGGGCGGAGAUGACAGAGGACCUCGUCGGGGCUUCGAUGAUGACAGAGGCCCACGCCGUGGCGGUGAUGACGACCGUCCUCUACGCAGAGGGAUGGAUGAUAGCCGCGGUCCACGUAGAGGUUUUGAUGAAGACCGUGGUCCCUGGAGGGGUGGAGAUGAAGACCGUGGGCCAAGGCGUGCCUUCGAUGAUGACCGCGGGCCCCGGCGUGGCUUUGAUGACGACAGAGGUCCCCGUAGAGGCAUGGACGACUCCAGGGGUCCCAGGCGUGGCAUUGAUGACGACUCCUGGGGUCCCAGGAGAGGAGGAGAUGAUGACAGAGGUGGCAGGAGAGGCAUGGAUGACGGGCCACGUCGUGGUGGGGAUGACCUCAAACCCUGGAAGCCCCUGGGCAGACCUGGUGGUUGGCGUGAGCGUGAGAAGGCCCGAGAGGACAGCUGGGGUCCUCCCCGCGGUGAGACCCCUGAGGAGGAGGACGAUUCUGAAGAAAGAAGAGCCGGUGAAGGCCGUCGUCCAGUCAGAGAGGAGAACAACUGGAGGAGAGGAGGCACAGAAGAAGGAGAAGGAGGAGGCAGAGGAGGAGGAAGCAGCGGCUGGAGAGACUCUCGCAAAGAACAAACGGACCGUCGUGAUGCUGAUGGUGAUGAUCGUCGUGGUGGUGAACGCCGCCCUGAGCGCCGUGACAGAGAUCGUCGAGAUGAGCGUGAAAUCAGAGCCCCACCAAGAGAGCCUGAAGAGGGAGGUUCUUGGCGUCGUGCAGGUGAGGAGAAGCGCGAGGAGCCCAGAGAGAGAGAGCGGGAGCGUGAGCCUGAAGGAGAAAAGGGCGGUUGGCGUACUGACAAAGAUAAUCCUCGUCGCACCAAGAACGAGACAGAUGACGAUGGCUGGACCACUGUCCGCCGCUGAGCAACAUCUACAUCUAAUUGGCCCAAUUAAAGAUAAAGACGAGAUAAAUUGGUUUUUGAAAAUUAAUACUAUUCAGUAUCAUCAGCCAGUGGUGAAUUAAUGGCCAUAAAACUCCUGAUACUUGUGCGUUAUUCCUUUUGGAUUAAAUAUUUGUAGACAGUAGUUUUCCUGGGAUUUUUUUCCUUCUAUCUUUACUUUGGCUUUCAGCAGUUUUGAAACAGAGGCUCCUCGCCACCAAAACAUCAUCAGCCAAUGAACUUGUGUGCACUUAGGCCUCAUGCAAACCAUCAAUGUGAACACGACUGCCCCCAGUGGUUAGGAGUGUUAUUACCUUACAUGAAGAAUUCAAACUGACUAAACUGAAAACUAAUACCUGCUCCGACUUUCAAUGCAAACUCAGUACAUCACCAACUGCCUCUUUUAAAUAAUUGACCUCCGCAUAGAUGUUAUAUAACGUCACAGAUCCACAACUCUUGUAAUGGCAAUGACUAUGAAGUAUCUGUCAUCUGCUUCAGUGAUCUCUGCUCCUCAUCUAUUAUUUCAGAUGCUUCAUUACCUGUUAAAGAACUAUAGUGGAAAUAAAAAUUUGAUGUGCAUGCUUAGAGUAUUCAAUUGGUCUCGCUUGAUAUCCAGUGUGUGGUUCUAUCUUUACUGCAAUCAACGGUAUCAAACCAGUUUGCAUGUGUACAGAUAAAGCCUUUAUUAAUAAAGAUGUUUGCUCACCAAUUAA